GCCGUAUUGAAAUGGCUCACCACGGCCACCAUUUUGCAGUCGUUUUGUAAGCAAGCUGCGUCCAUUCGUUCUGCAGCACCAGGAAAUAAAGUGUAUCAAAAAAGGGAUUAAUUAAACUUUGAGAUAGAUAUUUUCACGGACGAAACGAUGGCUGACCCAUCCGCAGACGUGACUCUAUCGGAGGGAGCAGAGGUCCGCAGACUGUCGGAUCUGAGAGUGAUCGAUCUGAAGGCCGAGCUGAAGAAACGAAACCUGGACACCACCGGCGUCAAAAGCGUGCUGUCCGAGCGGCUGAAGAAGGCAAUCGAGGAAGAGGGUGGAAACCCUGAUGAGAUUAUUCUUGCUCCAGAGUCGAUCCCUAAGAAAGCUACUCCUAACGUCAAACGGUCCUCCAAAGAUGCAAUGCCAGAGAACGAUGAACCAGAAGAAAGCACUAUGGAGGAAGAUUGCAAUGAGGAGCAUCAGGAUGAUCAUGAGAACAUGCAGGAAAUGGACAUCCUCGACAUGAGCAUUCUGGAUGACACGGAGAAUGACAACGGGAUACCAGCCAAGGACGAUGAGGAGGAAACCGUGAAUUCACCCUGUGACGACGACGCACUGUUGAAAGACGAAAAUGAAAACAAGAUCUUGGAGUCAGAAGAUGAAGCAAAAGCUCCAGAGAUGGAGGCAUCCGAGAUGUUAGAGGAGAAGGAGGAAUUACUGACUAACUCAUCAAUCACUAUGGCGGAGGAUCCAGAUGCAGAUGACGUGAAAGAAGUAACAGAAAAUGAAAAAGUAGCCGGGUCUUGUUUAUCUGAGCCGCUUAACGAAGAUCAGCACCAGAGCCCCGAGACGAUCCCCGAAGAAGAGCAAGCUGCCGCGGCCGGAGGGGAAGACAAUGUGUCCGACACCGGAGACAAGUCCGAGCAGGCCGCCUCUGGAGACGUGGAGACCGUCCGGGAUGUUGUGGAGACCGCCCGGGAUGUUGUGGAGACCGUCCGGGAUGUUGUCGAGACCGUCCGGGAUGUUGUCGAGACCAUCCGGGAUGUUGUCGAGACGGACGCCUUAGAGGUUGGGGACACAGAGAAAGCCCCAGAAGAGACAUUUGACUCUGAAAACAAAAGCACGCAGGCUGUUAGUGAUAGCGUACAGGGCACUGUGGGAGAAACUGUUGAUACAGAAAUGGGGGCUAAGGAGGGUGAGGAGGAGGAUGAGAAGACAGAAGAGAAAGCUGCCGCGGAUUCAGCGUCCACAGUGAAAGAGUCCUCUUCUGUAGAGGGCGAUGAUCCGAAAAAGAGCUCUGAGGAGAAAGAUUCCAAGACUGAGACAAAAGACGAGACAGCCGCUGGAAGUGCUGCAGCUAGCAGUAGCAGAAAUCUGUGGGUCAGCGGUCUUUCUUCCACUACUAGAGCGACUGAUCUGAAGACUCUUUUCAGCAAAUAUGGCAAGGUUGUUGGAGCGAAGGUGGUGACGAAUGCUAAGAGUCCCGGGGCUCGCUGCUAUGGUUUUGUCACCAUGUCUUCCACUGAGGAGGCCUCAAAGUGCAUCGAGCACCUCCACAGGACCGAGCUGCACGGCAGGAUGAUCUCUGUGGAGCGGGCAAAGAAUGAGCCUGCGGGGAAGAAGCCAGCGGACAAGAACGACCCCAAGAAGUCUGGCAGUGACAGGAGACACUCCUCUGACUCCAAAACCGAGGGGAAGGACGGUCAAGUUGAGGGACAAGGAGAAGAUGCCAAAGGGCGAAACGAGAGGACUGUAAUUAUGGACAAGUCCAAAGGAGAGCCUGUCAUCAGUCUGAAAACCAAGAGUAAAGAACGAAGCUCAAAGAGUCGGGACCGCAAGUCGGCGAGUAAGGAGACGAAAGAAAUCCUGUCGUUCGACCAGAUCAAGGAGCAGAGAGAGAGGGAGCGACAGAGGCAGCGAGAGAGGGAGAUCAGAGAGGUGGAGAGACGCAGAACCGAUCGGGACCGUGACACCCGUCCGGACCGCGAGCGCGAGAGGAUCCGUCUGUUCCGAGAGAAAGAGGAGAGGAAACACUUGCUCCGGAAGAGAGACUAUCUGGAGGUUGAUAAACUCACUGAACGGUUUAACCCUCAGGUUGAGAAGCAGCGCCUGGACGCAGAGCGCAUGGAGCGUCAGUUCCUGGAGCGAGAGAGGCUUCGCAUCGAGUACGAGAGGCGGCGCGAGCAGGAGCGCAUCAUGAGGGAGAGGGACGAGCUGCGACGACAGCAGGAGCAGCUGCGCUACGAGCAGGACCGCCGCUCCCUCAAGAGACCCUACGACAUCGACAGCAGGAAGGAGGACUGGCCUGAGAAGCGCAUUGCUCUGGACGACCGCUACAGCCGCUCGGAGUUCGGCCGUCAGGACCGUUAUCAGGACUUUGACCACAGAGACCGGGGCCGUUACCAAGAAGACACGGUGCUGGAGAGGCGGGACAACCCUCGCAGCACCGCGGACAGAGAUGGUCAGCACUUCUCAGACCGACACGGCAGAGAGGGCCGAGACUCCUGGAGCGGAGGUUUUGAUAAACGCAUCAACCCCAGAGAGGGAGGUCGAGACUGGGACUCUAGCAGGAAGGGGGAUGGAGACAGAACAUGGCAAAGUAGAGACGGAGCCAUCCCGGGCCAGAGCCACGUCGCACGGGGAGGAAUGGCCAGCAGCCGCGGCAGCUACAUGAACACGGGCACAUCUCAGUCUCUGUCCGGUGCUCUGAACCGACAGAACCAGCUGAUGCAGGGGGGGGGGCUGCAGGGGGGGGCGUUCGGACGCCGCUAUUGAUAUAAAAAAAGUGGGACUGUUUCACGAGGUCACACCUGGAACCAUGUGACACUCUUGUUUUGUACAUUUAAAAAAAAAAAAAAAAAAAAAAUCAGGAAUUCUUUUUUGACCCGAUUCCAAGCAAUUUUUCAUGGAGACUUAAUUUUCUCUUUUCUUUUUUGUGUGAUGUAGGGCUCGCUUGCCUUGUAUUUAUCAUCCAGUCCAACCUGAAGUGUGUGUGUGUGACACCGUCUACGUGCUGUUUAAGUAAAUUGUCCUGAAUUCAGACGUUUUGUAGACCUCUGGGUUGACAGACCUCUGUUUGUGUCCGAGGCAAUGUGGAAGAUUUUUUUUUAAACACAAAUGUUUGGUGUUGCUGAAUAAAAUGUUUUUAGAGUAAAGUCACAUUCAGAAUUUUUCAAUCUGUGCUUUCUUUUGUUCUUUGGUUUGUGUGACUGUUGGAUGAUGAACACAAUCUAUUGAUUAAGAUCUGUUAUAAAGUCUACUAUGGACGAUGUCUCACACCACUGUUUCUGUAACGGAAGUGUUAUUUUUUUGGGAUAAAAGUAUAAUGUUUUGUCUGUUGGGUUCAUUUUAAUGCCAGCUGCUGGUGACGAGUGUAAAAAAACACAGGGUAAACUUGGCUCUCAUCAAUAAAAGAUUUGUCAUCUUUU